AUGGACGUACAUGAUGGAAGCAUAAGGAACUUACUUAAUGCUAACAAUAACUUACCAGGAACUAUUAAAGCAUUUAUAAAGUCCUUUGUAAAACCCGGUGCUCUAACAUUUAGGUCUUUGAGAGCAAGAGCAUUGAAGUCAAGAGAUGCAGAAACUCCAACAGAAACUCCAGAAGGAACUGAAACAACAGAAACUCCAGAAGAACCACCAAAACCAACAGCUAAUGAAAUAUUGUUCGAAUAUUUUCCAAGGUACUCUGUUCUCAUUGCAUACAUUCAAGAAAUACUUAAGAAAGCAGACUUGACUUUAGGAGAUGAUGAAAGUUCUGUAUAUCUUUCGUUCCAAUUCCAAAUAGCAGAACUUUUGAGACAGAUAUGCUUAAUGUAUGACAACAUCUCUGAUUUCACAAGAUAUGACGACGACCAUGACCCCGAACACGGUGAAGAAGAAGUUUUACAAACAUCCAUUAAGACAGGAAAGGUUUUAACUCAAAGUCUCAUUAUUGACACCAAAGAUGGCGAAGUGGACGUUCUUCAAGAGCUGAAGAAAAAUACUUCUUCGGGAGGUGGUGGUAGGCAUGAACUUGAAAUAAAUGAGAUAGAAGAGAAAUUAGCCGAAAAAGCAGAUAAAAACCACGUUCAUUAUAUAACUUCAGAUGAACAGAUUAUAACGGACUACCAUGGAUAUUUAACACAGCAUGAAAAAGUGAAGACGGAAGAUGUUAAUGAAAGAAGAUAUAAAUACAUUCGUGCUAAAGGUUAUGACAUAAGCUGUACUGUACAUUAUGACACAGGUAAAGCGCUAGAAGCAUUUAGUUAUAACGAUGAAAUUUAUGCCUCUACUUUCAAUGUUAACGGUGUAUUAGUUGAACCAAGAUUUACUUUGAGAGUUAAGGCAAAAAUAACUUUUGAAGAUGCUAUUAAAAGUAGAGCCGACAAAGAUGAACUUGACGCAACGAACAAAGUUUUGAAAUCUCAUAAACACAAUAUCUCCGAUAUAAAUGAACUUCAAGCUACAUUAAAUAGUAAAGCCGACAAAAAUCAUACACAUAAAUCCUUCACUACUGUUAGAGCAGACGACAUAAUAUUGAACUAUGAUUUGGGUUCAAGUGCACCUUUAGAGAAUCCGAGUACAAGCGUAAAAGAUACUCUUAACAAUUUAGAUAAGAGUUGUAGGAAUAUCGAAGAUCAUGCCAGAAACUUUGAAGCAUAUGAACUACCAUCAAUGUUAGACAGUAAAGCCGACAAAAAUCAUACACAUAAAUCCUUCACUACUGUUAGAGCAGACGACAUAAUAUUGAACUAUGAUUUGGGUUCAAGUGCACCUUUAGAGAAUCCGAGUACAAGC